GCCCGGAGCGGACGCGCCAUGGCCGAGGAGGGCCCCCGGAAGGGCAGCUUCUCGGCGCUCGUCGGACACACCAACGGCCUGUCCAGGCCCGCGGCGCUCGCGGCGGCCGCCGUGUCGUCGGCGCCCGGCGGCUCCAAGAAGCUCGUCAUCAAGAACUUCCGAGACAGGCCCCGGCUGCCGGACAACUACACGCAGGACACCUGGCGCCAGCUCCACCAGGCCGUGCGCGCCAUCCAGAGCAGCACGUCCAUCGCCUACAACCUGGAGGAGCUCUACCAGGCUGUUGAAAACCUCUGUUCACACAAAGUCUCGCCGACUCUCUACAAGCAGCUCCGGCAGGUGUGUGAGGAACACGUGCAGGCGCAGACGCUGCAGUUCAGAGAAGAUGCUCUCGAUAGCGUCUUGUUCCUGAAGAGGAUCGACACAUGUUGGCAGGACCACUGCAGACAGAUGAUCAUGAUCAGAAGCAUCUUCCUCUUUCUGGACCGCACAUACGUGCUGCAGAACUCCAUGCUCCCUUCCAUCUGGGACAUGGGGUUGGAGCUCUUCAGGACCCACAUUAUCAGCGACAAGCUGGUGCAGAGCAAAACCGUCGAUGGCAUCCUGCUGCUUAUCGAGCGUGAGCGGGCUGGGGAGGCAGUGGACCGCAGCCUGCUGCGUAGCUUGCUGAGCAUGCUGUCAGACUUGCAGGUGUAUAAAGAUUCCUUUGAGAUGAAAUUCUUGGAAGAAACCAAUUGCUUAUAUGCUGCAGAAGGCCAGAGAUUAAUGCAGGAAAGAGAGGUUCCAGAAUACCUUAACCAUGUCAGUAAGCGUUUGGAGGAAGAAGGAGACCGGGUGAUCACUUAUUUGGACCAUAGCACUCAGAAACCGCUGAUCGCCUGUGUGGAGAAACAGCUCUUGGGAGAACACUUGACAGCAAUUCUGCAGAAAGGGCUGGACCACCUGCUGGAUGAGAACAGAGUGCCAGACCUUACCCAGAUGUACCAACUCUUCAGCCGUGUCAAGGGUGGUCAACACGUCCUGCUGCAGCACUGGAGCGAGUACAUCAAGACUUUUGGAACAACGAUUGUCAUCAACCCUGAGAAGGACAAGGACAUGGUACAGGACCUGCUGGACUUCAAGGACAGGGUGGACCAUGUCAUUGACGUGUGCUUCCAGAGAAGCGACAAGUGCAUCAACCUUAUGAAGGAGUCCUUUGAGACCUUCAUCAACAAGAGGCCCAACAAGCCUGCAGAGCUCAUUGCCAAACACGUGGACUCCAAGCUCAGGGCAGGCAACAAGGAAGCCACAGACGAGGAGCUGGAGCGGAUCCUGGACAAGAUCAUGAUCAUCUUCAGGUUCAUUCACGGCAAAGAUGUCUUUGAAGCGUUCUAUAAAAAGGAUUUGGCCAAAAGGCUCCUCGUGGGGAAAAGCGCCUCUGUUGAUGCUGAGAAGUCUAUGUUGUCCAAGCUCAAGCAUGAGUGCGGUGCCGCCUUCACCAGCAAGCUGGAAGGCAUGUUCAAGGACAUGGAGCUCUCCAAAGACAUCAUGGUGCACUUCAAGCAGUACAUGCAGAAUCAGAGCACACCGAGUCCCAUUGACCUGACAGUGAACAUCCUCACCAUGGGCUACUGGCCCACCUACACGCCCAUGGAGGUGCACCUGCCCCCCGAGAUGGUCAAACUUCAGGAAGUGUUUAAGACAUUCUACCUAGGAAAACACAGUGGCCGGAAACUCCAAUGGCAAACCACGUUGGGACACGCAGUUCUAAAGGCCGAGUUCAAGGAAGGAAAGAAGGAGUUCCAGGUGUCCUUAUUCCAGACGCUGGUGCUUCUCAUGUUCAACGAAGGGGACGGGUUCAGCUUUGAGGAGAUCAAAGUGGCCACUGGGAUAGAGGAUGCUGAGCUGCGGAGAACCCUGCAGUCUCUGGCCUGCGGCAAAGCUCGAGUGCUGGUCAAGAACCCCAAAGGGAAGGAGGUAGAGGAUGGAGACAAGUUCCUCUUCAACGGCGAGUUCAAGCACAAGCUCUUCCGCAUCAAGAUCAACCAAAUCCAGAUGAGGGAGACUGUUGAAGAGCAGGUCAGUACUACAGAGAGGGUAUUCCAGGACCGGCAGUACCAGAUCGACGCUGCCAUCGUCAGAACCAUGAAGAUGAGAAAGACUCUCAGCCACAAUCUUCUAGUUUCUGAGUUGUACAACCAGCUGAAGUUCCCAGUGAAGCCUGGAGAUCUAAAGAAGAGGAUCGAGUCUCUCAUAGACAGAGAUUACAUGGAGAGGGACAAGGACAGCCCAAACCAGUACCACUACGUGGCCUGAUGCUGCAGCAGGCUCCUCUGUGCGACACGAGAAUGUACCUUCCAAGCAGCCCAGGGCGCUGCUCGUGGACUCAAGGCUUGAGCCAGUGGGGUGCAUGUCUUAGAGGAGAGGAGCUGGUUCUCACCCCAACAAGGCUCCGAAUUCGCAGGUGGUGUCCACCUCUUCUUUCACUUCCUCUUGUUCUUUUGAGCGUUCACAUUGUUUCUGUUGCUCUCUGUGGAGUGACUUUGAGAUUGGACAAAAGGGUAUUUGCUAAAAGAGGUUCCUUUAUAAGGUCUUGUUCCGGGGCAAAAAACUGUGGUUUGGUUUGUGUGUGUGAUCAUGAAUGCACAAUUAAAAGACCCUACAUGCUGCAUUCUUUGGCUACAAAGAUGUUUUAGGUGUUCCCGAUACAAAUCGGUGGUCUUAGCUGAUGGAAACUUCGAUGUCAGACAAGAACAUUAGGAAGAAAUGGUCAGUGUUUCUGACUGGCUCGUCGAUUAUGCAGCCUGACUAUUGGCAUCUGUUGGUUUCCUUUAUUUUCAAACAUUUUCCACUCGAAUGACUGCUUUUUUACAAUUGAGGGUCCUCGUAAAACUGUGCCAAGUGGCCUGGAACCUGGUGGGCUGGGCAGGGGCCAGGACCCAUGACAGCUGAGUGUCUCAUGAAGACUCUGGGGGCCGAUGUUUGUGCCCUGCCUUGCCAGAGCUAUGCAGCCCCAAUCCACAUGGCACCAGCUGCUGGUCCUUUUUGGUAAUGGUGUGGGUGGGCUUGGGUCUACACAGCAGGGGACACCAGGGUGUGGCACUUGCUUUGUGGAAAGAUUAAACAGUUUGUUGGCA